GCCACUCGACCAGCAGCACAUCGAGUACCACACAGACCCCCAUGCGGAUGAGGUUUCAGCUGCAGUCUGAAUAAUGAAAGCCUUCAGCCUGAAAAGCCUUCUUCAUCCCUAGACCAAAUCUACAUUCACCUUCAAAUAAAUCUAAAGACAUGGCAGAACAACAAGAGUAUCUGGUGGACGGAAGCCCUCUCAUCACCGCAGCCCAGCUAGGCAAGCUUCGCCUGGUCAGACUGCUGGUGGAAGGAGGCGCUCAGGUCAAUGAACGCAACCAGCGAGGAGAGACCCCACUGCUGGCCACAUGUCGGGCUAUGAGGGGUGACCAAUCCGGAAGCACCAUGCUGAGGCUAAUCCGCUUCCUCAUUAAGAACCAGGCGGACCCCAACAUCCAGGACAAGGCUGGCAGGACUGCCCUCAUGUAUGCCUGCAUGGAAAGGGCUGGUCCUGAAGUGGCUUCUGCCCUAAUUUCUGCAGGUGCUGAUCCAAGCAUGGAGGACUAUGCCGGAGCAUCAGCUCUAGUUUAUGCCAUCAAUUCCCAAGACCAGGACACCAUACAGGUUCUACUGGAUGCCUGCAGAGCCAAGGGCCGUGACAUCAUCAUCAUUGCUACUGACCUAAGCUCAGAUGGAGCCACUGUGACCCGCCGUUACCUGAAUGUGCCUCCAUCGCCCAACACCUCGCCCGUCUCCUGCAUGUCCCCCUCUGACAUCGAGCUGAAAACGAGCUCCCCGAGCUCUGAGGCUGAGGGAGAAAACAUCUUUAACUUCAGAGCUUCAGGGAAGAGAGGAAGCAGGGAGGGCUCACCUCUACCUCAGGAGACGACAAAUCGCCAAAGGCUGCAUUCUGAGCCUUGGCUGGCCAUCCACAACUUGGCCCAUCUGAGCCGCACCUACGAGGAAACCACGGGGCAAAGGAAUGUGCAAGAAGAAGAGGAGGUGGCAGGGAACAAGUACGUUGUUCAGCAAGUGGACCCGAGUGGUGGUCCCUGUUCCUCAAAGACUACAGGACACAAAUCGAGCAGUGGGCUAGUGGUGCCUCAAAACCAUGUGGUCCAGAAGCAGAAACUGGAGUGUCCAUCCAGUUUGGAACAUCUUCAGAGUCGAAGGAACACUCUACCUGCUCUAAAUGGACAAAAUUUGCUUAAUUUGCCCACCCUUUCCUUUGGUCUUUCAAACUCUGACACUCGCUUAAAUGACCAGCCCACCACUCUAACCCUUCCCCCGGUUCCUAUCAACAGAAACCUCCACCAUACCUCCUGUAGUAGCUCCAGCUCCCUAUCUCUGGCACCCCCUGUUUCUCCACGUGAGUACAACACCAUGAAGAAGUGGAGGCCUCAAGAGCAGUUGAGUCUGAGGACACAGGUACGUGGUGGUAACUUCCUGCCUCCUCUACCUUCAAACCCUUCCACACGUUUCUGCUCCGGAGAGCCAAGUCCCACACCUAGAGCCGAAGAGACACAGUCCGUCAGACAGGACGGUUCAAGGAGCCGAAGACCUCCACGUCGCCACUCAGUUCAGCUGGAACAAAUGAAGCAGGAAGGCAGCACUGAGGAGAUCCUCUUCGUCUUUUGAAACGGGAAGGUCAAAAGGAC